GCUCAUUUUGUUACACCCCGAUAAAAAUCUCCAUCUCCCUCUCUCCAAAAUCCUGUAAUUCUCUGCUUCUCUAGGGUUUCAGAUCCGCUCCUCAGAGCUCCGUCCUCAGGGGAUGUCGAGUAAGGAUGAAGAGAAGGGUCAGGAUGCGGCCGAGCGAAUCAAGGCCGCCGCGAUGAGCGCCGCGAAGGGUCUUAGCCGUGCUCAGGCCGAACGAGCUGCCGCGGCCGCCGCGCGUAAUGUCAAUGCUUAUGGGCAAAAAGAGGAAGGGCCCAGUAGAUGGCAGGAGAAAAGGGAAGCGAAGAGGCAGAUGUAUUUGAUGAGUACUGAGAAGGCAGUUAAACUAGGGGAGCGGAAAGACUUGAAGGCUUCAGUGUCUACUGUUGGUGGCUCGGGGCAGUGCCAGAAGUGCUAUCAGUCGGGGCAUUGGACUUAUCAAUGCACCAAUGAGCGCGUCUACAUUUCACGGCCGUCGAGGACCCAGCUGCUUAAGAAUCCCAAAUUGCAGGCGGAAGCACGGUUAUCUUAUGAACCGGAAAAUCCGGAUAUCAAGGAGGAGAAGACUGAGAAACGCUCUAAGAAAAGUAAAAGGAAAUACAAAUCUGAUUCGGAUUCUGCUAGUGACAGUGAGGCUUCUGUUUUUGAGAGUGAGAGUGAGUCAGCAUCUGGAUCGGAUUACUCUUCUAAGGAGAGUAGUUCAGCUGACAGUUCAUCAUCUGAUUCAGAGGAAGAGAGGAGGCGGCGGAGGAAGAAGAAGAAACAGAAGAGCAGGAGGCGUAGGCGGUACAGUUCAUCGUCUGAAUCAUCUGAUUCUUCCUCUGCUUCGGAAUCGGAUUCUGAUGAUGAUAGCAGCCGAAGGAAGAGCAGAAGGCACAGGAAAAGGCGCUGAAGGUGCAGUAUGGAUUAAGGGAGUUGUGCAUGACAUGACUGUGGCAUGUGAUGUGAUUGUUUUUAAGCACGCACAAGCUCCAUUGGUCCCUCGGCCAUGGUUAAUCUCAUAUCUCCUUUGGGGAGGCUCUGAAAGGAGGUUCGGUAGAUCCUGCAGACUGGGAGGUUCUAAGAUGCAUAGGUGUUUCCUUAUCUUUUGCUUAUAGAUCCAGUAGUUGAUGGAAAUGUUAUUCUGGGAUUGCAUGUUGUGAUAUCCCGAUACAUCUUUUCCUGGUAUUUUUUUUCAUGCUGUAAAAUGUCAAGCAGGUAUUUGCUUUAUCUCAGAAGUACAAUCUUUUUCUGGAUUUUAGCAGUUUUUACAA